GAUGUCGUGUCAGAAGCAUUCGAAAAAGAGAAUGUAAAAGUUCUUAAAUUGUAAACAGGUUACGAAUGUGCUACAGUAAAAUUCUUUUAUAAACAUUGUUAGUGCAACUAGAUCUAAAAUGAGGGCUUCUUACAAGCCCUUUUUCCUAGGCAUUAUAUUUACCUCAAUUACUUGGUGUGUUGUGUUAUAUCUUUACGUUUCUCUCAGCCCCAUAGGCAGCAGUACGACACAUCACUCCGUCCCUUUUAUUGUGACUACCAAAGAGGGAAUUAGUAGUACAACCCAUAAUGUGAUAAAUAAUUACUUAGAUGAGUUUGAUCAAAACACACACAAAAAAAAUGUAGUUCCUCAUUCCAAGACUAAGACUAGUAAAUCUGCAUCAAACAAUCUAGAAAUGAAUUUGGGUUUGGUUAGGAACAGUGAAGAUCAAAAAAUCAGGGAGGAUGGUUACAGCAAACAUGCUUUUAAUGUCCUUGUAAGUUCAAGACUUGAUUACCAUAGGGAGAUUCCUGAUUCCAGACAUAAAAUGUGCCAAACCCAAAAAUAUCCCAAACUAUAUCUCAAUACUAGUGUCAUCAUUUGCUUUUACAAUGAAGAUCCCAGUACUCUCUUUAGGACUGUUUAUUCAGUCCUGGAUCAAACUCCUGCCGAGCUGCUACAUGAAGUUUUAUUAGUGGAUGACAGCAGUGAUGGAGGUAAUAUUCACAAUGAAGUAGAAGAAUUUGUAGGCAAGAAUUUCCCCCUUAAAGUGCAGCUUCUGAAAACAAUGAAGCGCGAAGGUCUAAUCAGAGCGCGAAUUUUUGGUGCUAAAAAAGCAACUGGACAAGUGCUAAUAUUCUUAGAUUCACACUGCGAAGUGAAUCGAGAAUGGGUUCAACCUCUAAUUGCGCGAAUUCAAGAAAAUCGAACUUUUGUCGUUACUCCUAUUAUUGAUAUAAUCAAUUCUGAUACAUUCCAGUACACUUCUUCACCUUUAGUUCGAGGUGGUUUCAACUGGGGUCUGCAUUUUAAGUGGGAUAGCUUACCCGAUGACACAUUGAAGAAAAAUGAAGAUUUUGUCAAACCGAUUUUAUCUCCCACAAUGGCCGGUGGUUUGUUUGCCAUCGAACGAGAAUAUUUCUUUGACAUAGGAGAGUAUGAUGCAGGAAUGAACGUCUGGGGCGGUGAAAAUCUGGAAAUAUCAUUUAGGAUUUGGAUGUGUGGAGGAAGACUAGAAAUAAUUCCCUGCUCUCGAGUAGGCCAUGUCUUUCGGCGUCGAAGGCCGUAUGGUAGUCCUAAUGGCGAGGACACUAUGACUUACAACUCACUUCGCGCUGCUCACGUCUGGCUCGAUGAUUAUAUUGAACACUUCUUCCAUGUACGACCGGAUGCAAGACAUGUAUCAUAUGGAGACGUUGGACCUCGCCAGCGUUUGCGGCGACUAAUGAAAUGUCAAUCGUUUGAUUGGUAUCUAAAUAACGUUUAUCCUGAACUUACUGUUCCUGGAAAAGAAAGUAACCAGACAGCUAAAAAAGAAACAAUCAGUAAACUGCAGUCACGACGCAAGUAUCAUAAGAAGAAUUACGUCGCAACCUAUCAGAUCAAAUUGUCUGGUAGUCACCUUUGCGUGGAAAGUGAUAAAGAGGUGACUUCAAAGGGUUCUACGCUAUUGCUGAGCGUAUGUUCAAGAACAAAAAAACAGCUAUGGUCUGUGACGGAUAAAGGAGAAAUGGUUCUGGCUCAAAUGCUUUGCAUGGAAUCACCGGAAAGCUCUAAACAGAAACCCCGACUCUCAAAGUGUCACGAAAUGGGCGGACUGCAGGAAUGGAAACACCAUGACGAUAUCGAUACGCCAGUUUACAAUAUUGCGGCUGGUUUGUGCUUAGGAAUCUCAUCUUCUGGUAUUCAAGAUUUUGCCAAUCCAAACCUAGAUAAUACUCCCGUUAUAAUGACGGUUUGUACUGAUACAUCUGCUGCCAAAUGGGACUUUGUGAAAAUCCCUUAAUACUACAGAAUCCCUAAUUUCAAUGCCUUUGCUGUAUUAUGCCUAUGUAGGCAGUUAAAAUUUUUUUACUCGUGCGGUAAAAAAACCCUGUAUAAGUCUCACCUCCAAAAUUCUAGAAUACGUCCCUUAAUAAGUGAUUAUAAGUAAUUUUCCAAAUAAAGAUCAAGUUAUUCGAUAUCAUUCUUUAUGUAUUCGACAGAUGUAUUUAUUUUAGUAGCCAACAUACCGAUAACUCCAAUCAAGCUUGGCCUUUCAGCUACAUAAUGGAUGUUUAAACUACUGUGUACAAUGUCUUCGAUGGUCCGACAAUAUUUACUUUUUAUGAAUCUACUCCUUCCAUCGUCCCUUUUCGUAGUCGUACUUCGAAGCAAGACCUUCGAUUGGACCUAUCUGCAUGUCAAGCAUUCGCUCUAAUUGAGCCUGUUGC